CUGCGUAGUUGGGUACAAGCUCUGCUGGAGUGGCUGCACGGGCGCGGCCCCGGGGACAGAGGAAGAUAAAAUCCUCUGCAUCCAACAAGGAAACAAAAUACUUUGAUAGUCUCCAGAGUAUUUGCUGGCUGUACAUAAAAUAAAGUGUUAGGAUGUCACGUUGGCAUUUCAUGUUAAAUUCUGCAAAUAGCACCUUAGUGCCUUUUACUGUGAGUAUUUCUCCAUUUCUGUUUUAAAAUGCACCUAACAUGUCAACUCAUUCCUACAGGGCCCUUUGUGGUCCUUAUCGGCGUGAUCAUUUGGUAGCCAUUAGAAGGCCGUUGAUGCUUUCUCUGGUACUAUAUGAAAGUGAUUUUGCAGAAUAACUGGGGAACAUCUCGUUAUCUUUGCACCAUGAAUGGUCGUGUUCCACUAGCAGAGAAGGCCUUGUCUGAAGGUUACGCCCGUCUGAGGUACAGAGACACCUCAAUGCUCAUCUGGCAACAGCAGCAGAAGAAGCUGGAAGCUGCUCCUCCAGGGACAUACCUAAGCCGCAGUCAGAGCGUGUGGUACUCUCAGUAUGGCAACCAGUCCAUAUUAGUUCGUGAUAAAAACACACUACGGAUUUCAAGGGAUACAGGACAGUCAAAAUUCUGCACAGUUAUGUGACAGCCAUACGCGCAUACAGCGUCAGUUUGCGUAGCAUUGACUGUUUAUGUUUGCUCCUACACUAUAUUGCAUGAAUACUUAAAGCUUACAGCACUAGUUACGAUGGAAUAAAUAGAUUGAUAUUUGUGAAGGUACAUUUCAAUAUUAGGGAGAGAAGUUAAAGUCAAAAUUAAAUUUUAAUAAUUGAGAUACAGCAUAUAAUUAACAAAAUGAUCAAUUUACUUUCAUUUUCAAAUUUGCUUUGUUUCUUUUGGUAUGCUUUGUUAAAGCACAUACUCAGAUAGGCUCAUGAGCGUGCACGUGUGUUUAGCACUCUGGCGACAAUGUCAUCAAUAAAGUGUAGACUCCUAAAGCAACCCAGGUGUUAUUUUUUAACAAAUGAUACCAAAAGAAUAAAGUUAAUUUUAUUUAAUUCCAUGCUCAGUCUAAAUCAUGAAAGUUUAAUUUUGAUUUUCAUGUACCUUUUUAAUGUUGGAAUAUUUCCUUAAAGGGACAGCCAUUAUUAUCUUGUAAUAUAUUUAUUUAUUUUAUUGUCAUUGUAGAGGUAAAUAUUUUUACAGUGUUUUUCUUGAUUAAAAAAGUGUCAAUUCAUAUUUAUGAUAGUGUUAACCAAGCAUAUUUUUAAUGCAUACCUUGUCUUUUAUAUAUUGGGUUUUGAAAUGUAUGUAGGGAUAGUCUGAUCAUGUAAUGUAUAACUACAACAUAGAAAGGCGUCAUAGGGUGUGGUUGUUUUUUUUUAUCUAUAUUUUACCCUUUACGGUUAUUAUGGAAAUAUGCUAUAACAGUAUUAUGGGCUUGCUACAGCUGCUUCACAUACUAGUUUAUCUAUGAUAACUUUGAUUCGGUGCACUUUUGCUGUAUACUUGCAAAAAAAUAGCUUUGUUUGAAAGGACAUGUAUUUAAUUUUUAACUCCUUAAUGACAGAGGUUUUUCCUAAUCUCCGUGCUUAAAUGACAGAGACAAUUUUGGGCAUUUUUUACUGUAUUGUUUUCACCAUCAUUAUCUGCUGUUUUGUUAAGUGCACCAAUACAUAUUAUUAUAUACCGCUUUUUUUUUUUUUUUUUUUAGGAACAGUAAAGUCAAGAUUAAACUUACAUGAUUAAGAUAGAGAAUGCAAGUUUUAAACAACUUUCAAAUUUACUUUAUUUUUCUCUUGUUAUUCUUAGUUGAAAAGCAUACCUAGGUGGGGUUAGGAGCAGCAAUACAUUACUAGGAGCUAACUGCUGAUUAGUGGCUGCACAUUUAUGCCUCAUUGGCUCAGUUCACGUAUUCAGCUAUCUCCUAGUAGUGUAUUGCUGCUCCUUCAACAAAGGAUGCCAAGAGAUUGAAACAUAUUUGAUAACAGACGAUGGAAAGUUGUUUCAAAUUUUAUAAUAUAUCUGAAUCAUAAAAGGAAAAAAAUUGGCUUUCUUGUCCUUGUAUCAGACAAAUUAGGCUUUCAUGUAAUACCCUAUACGGGUACAUAAAACAACAAUAAAUCUGAAUUUAAUUCUAAAAAAAA